GCGUUUCAGGAUGGAAGUCGCCCAACUGAUCUACCACCCCCCAUAUGGGCCGUUCUAUGGCAUCAUGGGCGCAGUUACAUCCAUUGUCUUCACAGCGAUGGGCGCCUCCUAUGGAACGGCCGUAGCGGGUUCUGGAAUUGCAGCGACGGCGGUCAUGCGACCCGAGUUAAUCAUGAAAUCCAUGAUUCCUGUCGUUAUGGCUGGCAUCGUUGCGAUUUACGGUCUCGUCGUCUCCAUAUUAAUUGCUGGCUCGCUAAACACUUCCGAGACUUACCCCUUGGUCAAGGGCUACGUACAGUUCUGGGCCGGCAUGUCGGUCGGAUUCUGUGGUCUGUCGGCUGGCUACACAAUUGGAGUUGUGGGCGAGGCAGGUGUGCGAAAUACGGCUCUCCAGCCGCGCUUGUUCAUUGGCAUGAUAUUGGUUCUGAUCUUUGGCGAAGUUUUGGGUCUGUACGGACUCAUUGUAGCCAUUUAUAUGUACACCAAAGAUGUACAAUAAGCGCGAAACUUUUCAGUUUCGUCAAUAAAUGUGCAUUUUUUAAACACUAA